CGCCUCGGCGGCCGCGUGGCUUUCCGACCCGGCUGCGGCGGCUGAAGUGGUGUGAAGGCCAGCGGGCGGCGGGUCACGUGAGCGGAAGAUGGCGGCCCCGGCGGGCGGCGGGGGCUCCGCGGUGUCGGUGCUGGCUCCGAAUGGGCGGCGCCACACGGUGAAGGUGACGCCGAGCACGGUUUUGCUGCAGGUUCUGGAGGACACAUGCCGACGGCAGGAUUUCAACCCCAGUGAAUAUGAUCUGAAGUUUCAGAGGACUGUGCUUGACCUUUCACUCCAGUGGAGAUUUGCCAACCUUCCCAACAAUGCCAAGCUGGAAAUGGUGCCCGCCUCCCGGAGCCGUGAGGGGCCAGAGAACAGGGUCCGGAUUGCUCUGCAGCUCGAUGAUGGCUCUCGGUUACAGGACACCUUCUUCUCAGGCCAGACCCUCUGGGAACUUCUCAGCCACUUUGCACAGACCAGGGAGUGUCUGCAGCAGCCUGGGGAGGCGACCCCCAUGUGCGUGUACAUGAGAGAUGAGGUGACCGGGGGAGCUGCCCUGCAGAGCACAACACUGCAGUCUUUGGGCCUCACAGGUGGCAGCGCCACCCUCAGGUUUGUCAUGAAGCAGUGUGACUCCCCAAGUAAGCAGGAGCCUGGGCCCGGCAGGAGCAAGACACCCGGAAGCCCGACCUGCUCUGUGUCAGCUGACCAGGCGUCCAGCAGUCCCCUGCUCCCCUUGAGCUCCGGGGAGCUCAGCAAGGGUGACCUGAGUCACCAGGGAGACGCAGGCACCUCAGGGACUGGCCUUGUGGGUGGCCCAAAGCCAGUGGAUGCUCAGGCAAAGCAGCGUGCCAAGGAGCCCGCACCUGUCCCCUUCAUCCCUUUCUCUGGCGGGGGACAGAGGCUGGGGGGGCCUUCCGGUUCCUCAAGGCCUCUGAUGUCACCUUCAGCAAAGUCACCCAAGACCUUCUCCAGCCCCGGAGGCCCUUCCAAGCCAAAGAAGUCAAAGGCUGGCGAGGAGCUCCAGCAGGACCCAGAACCGCCCGUGGACCGCGACGCCGUGGUAUGCCACCCCGACCUGGAAGACCUGCUCCAGGCCUGGCCAGCAGAGCUGCCUGAUGAGUUCUUUGAGGUGACUGUAGAUGAUGUGAGGAGACGCCUGGCCCAGCUCAAGAGUGAGCGGAAGCGCCUGGAGGAGGCCCCCUUGGUGACCAAGGCCUUCAGGGAAGCGCAGAUGAAGGAGAAACUGGAGCGCUACCCAAAGGUGGCACUAAGGGUCCUAUUUCCAGACCGCUAUAUCCUGCAGGGCUUUUUUCGCCCCAGUGAGACAGUCGGGGACCUGCGGGACUUCGUGAGGAGCCAUCUGGGGAACCCCGAGCUUUCCUUUCACCUGUUCAUUGCUCCUCCCAAAACCAUCCUGGAUGACCACACUCUGACCCUCUUUCAGGCAAACCUCUUCCCUGCCGCGCUUGUACACUUUGGAGCUGAGGAACCAGCAGCUCUCUACUUGGAGCCAGGACUACUGGAACACACCGUCUCCCCGUCUGCUGCUGAUGUGCUGGUGGCUAGGUACAUGCCCAGGACUUCUGGGACCCCAUCCCCACUGCCAGCCCCUGACCCUGCACCCCUGGAGUCAGAGCCAACUGCUGAGGAGGGGGUACUGCCCCCCCUAGAGCCCACCCCGGGAACAGCCCAGCUGGUGAGAAGGAGCCUGGGCAAAGUGCCCAAGUGGCUGAAGCUGCCAGCCAGCAAGAGGUGAGAGCUGCCAGCCAAGGUGCCCAUCACUGGCCACAGGACUCCACCUUGCCCACUCGAGCAGGAAUAAAGACGCGCUUCUCUCA